UAUAUGCUGCUGUUUCCUCCUGUAUGUCAUUUUUAUGCGUCACUUACGGAAGGGGGGUGGUGGAUGCCCAUUCGAAUCAACAAUACUCUGUUGUCGUUCAGCUGAAGAGUAGCCUUUGGAAUGCCGAAAAAGUUCCAGGGCGAGAACUCCAAGGCGGCCACUGCCAAGGCCCGCAAGGCAGAGGCUAAAGCGGUGGUAGACGCCCGCAAAAAACAGGAGCUGGAGGACGCCCUUUGGCAGGAGAACGAUAAACAUGUGCUAAAGAAAGAGCAGAGAAAGGAUGACAAGGAAAAAAAACGCCUGGAGGCUUUGGAAAGAAAGAAGGAGAAUCAGCGACUCCUUGACGAGGAGAGCGCGAGGAUCCGGGGAAGAGCCACCGCCAAGGAGCUCGUGACCGGCAAAGUCACCAGGGCACAGAUUGAGGAGACGCUUCGCAUCGAACAGCAACAGCUGGAAGAAGAGCCCACGCAGAAAGAGAAGAGCCACCUGGAGACUCCCCUGGAGGAGAACGUGAACAGGAUCGUCCUGGAGGAAGGGGAAGUGGAGGCCAGAACCAUAGAGGAUGCCAUCUCCGUGCUCAGCACGAGCGAGGAGGUGGACCGUCACCCCGAGCGCAGGGUGAAGGCGGCGUACGCCGCGUACGAGGAGGCCAACAUGCCCCGCCUGAAGAUGGAGAACCCCAACAUGAGGCUGUCCCAGCUCAAACAGCAGCUGAAGAAGGAGUGGAUGAAGUCCCCGGAGAACCCCCUCAACCAGCAUUUCAACACCUACAACAGCAAGUGACCAGGCUCUGGGAAAAGAACUGUACCCGGCACACUGGGGGAGGGGGGAUAUCGUUUUUUUUGGGAGAUGCAACUCGUUUCUCGUUUGGUUUUUCCCGCUAUCAUGAAAUAUGUCGCUGGCUGUCGUCCGUGCCCCCGGCGCGCUCCUCUGCCCACGCUCCCCUGAGAAGACGGGAGGGGGGGGGGGGGGGGGGGGGGGGGAAGCCUCCUCCAAUCAAGGACUCGUGUCUGAAACGAUACACUUCCCUUUCAUUUGAAGUUCGCUGGUUGCGAGCCACUGAUUUUCACGUUAGUGUGCCCAAUGGCGAGGCCUGCAUACAGGGUGAAGUUGUUUUUAUUUCUGGCGUAAAAACAAAAUGGGAGGCUGAGGGGUGGCAGACGUGAAAAACAAAUUAAAGUAACUUAUUUACAGUUGAAUUACCCAUUUGGUUCGAUUUCUUUUGGAUUAGUUUGGCCGUAUUUGCGCUUGACAGCAUUGCAUGACGGCAGCCCUGCAAGAAGUUGGGAAGUGAAAUCCGAUUUCCUUGACCUUUAUGGCUCUCCAUUCAUUAUUUUGCAGUGGCUCUUCGGCUAAGGUUUCCGAUACAUACUCGAGAUGCUUUUUGCUACAGUUACUAACAAGGGUCUCAUUAAGUAGUGUGAUACAUAUAAUACUAUAAUUAUAAAGUAAUAUCCAGGAGUGCUUUACCAGAGUACAGUUAGAAUAUCACCACUAGUGUAGAUGAGGUGUGAUAAUCUUUUCUGCACAAAGAUGGGAGUUUUUUGCGAACGCCGACAUAUCAGCUGAAAUGACCCCCAUUUCAUUGGUUGCAUAGCAGUCUUGAUUGGGAUAUUUAAUUGAAUCCAAAACCCUGUACUGUAGGCUUGCUGCAUUUCAGGAGUUGCUUUUGAAGACCGGCUGGCACUUCAGUACCCAAACAGUUUUCAGGGAACAUAACAUAUAUCUAACGAGGUGUGAUGUCACACAAAACGGUGCUGUCACUUGACCACGAGUAGACCUGGAGCCACGUGCAUGCCUUGAGUGACUGAUUCAAAAGCGUGUCUGCAGCUGAGGAUGCUAUAUCAACAAGUGAAUUUAUUUGACGCUAGUUCGACUGCAUUCUUCUCGACCAUUCAGUCCCCGAAAAUUAUCUAAAUGACUGAUAGUUGAGUGAGUUGAGUGAGGAGUCAGACGCAUGAUCAGAUAAAUGGAUCGGCUAAAUGGAAACAGUGAUUCUAUUUUCUUUGCUCAAUUGUAGGUGCCAGUACUUUGCAGGUCAAUGAAAUUGUGCCACUUAAAAUGAUGAAAUAAUACAAAUCAUAUAAACAAUUUAUAACCAGUGUGGCUUUUCCGUUUCUGUGAAAGAACUAACACAAACGCAAAUAAAUUGCAUCUUCCAAAGUG